GUUCCAGGAUAUUGCAGCAUGAAGAAGGAGCAAGUUGUCAACUGUCAGUUUUCGGUUUGGUAUCCGAUAUUUAAGAAACAUACAAUUAAAAGGUAAACAACAGCACCUUAGACACAAACUAAAACGGUUCUUCUUUAUAUGUUUCGUCUUUAAAUGGAGGCACUACAGCCGCAGCUAACGUUAGCUGUUAGAUAAAACAGACAGCACACUGAACAAGCUGCUUAUUUUUCCCUCUAAACCGUGUUUGUUUAUAUUUUAGGAUCAAACCUUUUGUCUGAAUAGUAUCUGUUCAUAAACUGAUUUUACUGUGGAUUCAUUUAUUCCAGCGUGAUUCUUCCACUGCCUCAGAAUGUAAUAGAAUAUUUACUGGACGAUGGGACACUGGUAGUCUCUGGAAGGUGAGAGGAAACACACACACACACACACUGCCUGUAUUGUCUUUGCUAAUACGAGCAGACAUGUACACAGACCAGCUAUUACAUUAAGAACUACAAAACUAUUGAAAGAGCAAUUACCAGCUAUCUAGUGAUGGGCACGACAGUUCUUUUGGAUGUACUGAAUCACUAGAAUCAGUUCACUAAAAAGAUUCGUUCACCAAAUCACUGAAUCAUUUGGCACUUGGUGAAAGAAGCCUGCGACUCCGACCUCCUGAACUGAUACACAACUGAACGGUUCAAGACUCAGUUCAAUUCAUAGUUUCUGGGACCGGGAGACACAAGUGUUCGGCUGUGUUGCUUUGGCAAACGGUUUUGUAAAAAUGAACUUGUUUAUAGGGCCUAACCGAUAUGGAUUUUUCGGGGCUGAUGCCGAUACCGAUUUAUUAGAGGCUAUUGUUAGUUUGUAUAAUACACAUCAGCAGAGGUUUUCAUAUGUGUGUUGUUGACCCAUAAUUAACUUUUGAAGCUUUUAUCAGGCCAUACUGAUGCUAUGCCAAUGAUAUCAUGCAUCCCUACUGACCAAUCUUUUGUUUCUCUCUUUGUUAGUGACCAUAACACGCAACCGACACACUCUGAAAACAGUGACUUGAAUGCAGAGGAAGACAUCCAGGUAAGGAUCAGGGACUAGGGUUGUUUGUUAACUGGGAGGCUCCCUCCAAAACUUGUCUGAGCUAAUCUUUUGGAAGGAACUGAGUCCUUAUUGUUACUUAAAAUGUUUAAACUUUUAAAAUACAAUUUGGGAAAUGUAAGUCUCAAAAUGGUAUAGUUUUCAAAGAGAACAUGCACUGACAUUAACCACUCAUUUGUAUUUGUUGGUAAUAUUUGUUAUAAAAUUAUCUAACACUUUUGGAUUUUGACUCAUAGGGCAAUAACACUCACCUUUGUUUUGUCACCUAACAUCGACCCAGACAUCCUCUGGUACAGGUGACUGAUGAAACAUUAUCUGAAUCGAAUCUGUCAACGUACGAUUUUGAUUUAUCAUCAGUCUUCUUACCGAUAUUAUGACUGUUUUGCAGGGAAGAGUAACAGACUCACAGCAUCAACAUUGAAAUUUAACUGUAUAUCUGUUGUUUAUAACUUGUGUUUCUUCUUCUCUGCUCCCCUCUAGUGGUCAGAUGAUGAAACAACCACCACUGUCACUGUAAGCACAUUCACUCUCAUAAAUGUUUGCCUAAAAUUUCUCCUUAAAUUUCUCAUGCAUUAUUAUAUCCUGGUGUUGUGAAACAUGUUAUCUUGUUCCUCUGUCCUUUAGUAAACGUUUUUUUGUUCUUGUUAGAUACAGCAGACACCCAAAACACAGUCUGUAGUUAAGUCUAUGACUCAAAUACAUAAUUAAAUACUCUUUAGUUUUACAAUAAACCCUAAAGAAAUGUUUGUAAGUGGCUGAAAGAGUAAUCAGUGUUUUUCUGGGGUGGGUAUUAAAUGUUAUUACGUGACCCUGCAGCCACUUGACCACAGCCUAGCUCAUGUAAAGCAUAACAUCAGCUUUUUAUCAAUGCAUGAGAAAUCAAGGUACUUAUAUUUGAUGAUAAUCCUACUUGAAAAUGUGAACAUCAGCAUCAGAGUUUCUCCACUUAUUCAAACCACAAUGAAAAAAAUCCUAGUCCUGUUUUAUUUUAAAGAGAACCAGGAUGACAUAAACAGAUUUUUUUCCCCACAAUAACAGUUAUUGUUUUAUUACAUGGGUUAUGAUCUCUGUCUGAUGACGUUGUGUUCUGUCUCACAGGCUCCUGAGUUCCCAGAAUUCACCUCUAAAGUGCUGGAGGCCAUAAAUGCUUUGGGUGGGCGUGUUUUUCCUAAACUCAACUGGAGCGCUCCACGGGUAAAAUUCAGCAUCCCUCGGAUAAAAGAAAAAAAAAGUGUUUAUCUGUUUUUGCAAAAGAAAACCAGUUUUGGACAAACGGCUUCACUCUUCAGUGUUAUGAAUAAAUGCUUUUGUACGCUGCCUGCAUGAAUAUGAAUGACUGAAGCAUUGUUUACAUUUGUGUGUGUUUGUUUGUGUCUUUCAGGAUGCUAACUGGAUUGCUCUGAACAGCUCCCUGCAGUGUCACAGCCUCAGUGAUAUAUUUCUGCUUUUCAAAAGUUCAGACUUCAUCACCCACGAUCUCACUCAGCCGUAAGCCUCCUCAUCAAUCAGCAUCAACACACAAACACAUCCAUCUCUCAUUCAGCCGCCAACCGAUUCAAAAUGUAAAGAAAACUCACCAGGCUUUGGUAUGCACAGGCUGAUCUCAAUCUGCAGUAAAACACAGGUUCUCAAUCGGGUUUAAGAUUUAUAGCGCCAGCUUUUUCCAUUCUGGAUGAGAAACAUUUAUUGAAGUGAGUGAUUUUCAACCGCGUACUGCCUCAGGAAAGCUGUUUGUGAGGGUGAUGGAUGCUUUCUUGUCAGACACUUGAAAAACUUCUCUCUCAAACUUUCUGAGAGAAACACAUGAGCUAAGCUGUUUGCAGAGUGACAGUCUGGUUAUAGAGAAAAAAUUAGAAUAAGAACAAACUUAUUUUUACCUUUGGGAGUUCUUGAAUAAAUCUCCUGUUUUAUUAGACAAGAUGACAAAAUAUUUCACAAAAGUGUACCUCAAGGUUUGGGUUAGAACAGGGGUGGGCAAUUAAUUUUUACAUGGGGCUACAUGAGAAACCUGAACUGCGUUUAAGGGCCGAACCAACAAUAAUUUCAACUUCAAAUCAGGAGGGUGAGAGGUUCACACAUACAGAAAAGCAAGCCCAAAAAAGCAACUACUAGUUAAAAACAGGCCCCCAAAAAGCGCACCCACGACUCACGAGUUUCACAAGCGACUUCUGAGAGAAACAGGCUUAAAGUCUUUUAUAAUAAGCGGACAUGGCAACUCUAAGGCGCCUACGUAUAUUAUGCUGAUGUUUAAACUUGUCUCUGUUCAUGAAUGCAGAUCUAGGAUGGCUAGGUUUUCAAAAUAAAAGCAACACACUUGUGUAGCAUGUUGAUGAUUUGAUUGACGGACCUUACGAAGGGUUGGGCAGGGACAUCCAAAGGGCCGGAUGUGGCCCUCGGGCCGUAAAAUGCCCAGGUCUGGGUUAGAAGAAUAAUGAUAAAUGAAAAGUUAAAAACACGAAUUUCUUAAAGAUCUCCUGAUAGACGGCUGUAUUGACUUCAGUCCACUCCUUGUGGGGCUCCCAGUCGGUCUUUUCAGACUCUUUCCCCCACCAUUUAUUCUCCUCUCUCACAGCAUUAGCUCCCAAAUCCCAUUUUUCUUCCAUGUAAAAAGUCUUUUCUGUUAUAUCUGUCUCUAAAACUUAAUAGAUGUUGAUAUAUACUUUCUUUACGCUUAAAAAAGAAACUUUUAACCCUGGAGAGGCUGCAGAAGCUUUGUGGUUAUAAAAAGUUGUUUUAACUAUCAUUUCUUUCGACAGAUUCAUUCAAUGCAGCGAUCAAGACUCGCCAGAUCCAGCUAUAAACUAUGAGGUAUUAAAAUCUCAAAACAAGAACCUGAACUUGUAUUAGUAUUUUUUUUUCAACUGGUCAUUCAGACUGUUUUUAUUUUCUGCUGCUAACUUGUGUUGUAGAUGAGUUUUAAGGGUUCCAGAGACUCAUGUUUUCUCUAAAAUACUUCUCUGCUGGACUUUUUACUCCUUCAGUAUUCAAACUGAGACAGAAAAUGGUCCACUUCUCACUGUGUGUGUUUGUAUUCUCAGCUGGUCUUGAGGAAGUGGAGUGAGCUGAUUCCCGGUGGAGAGUAUCGCUGCUUUGUCAAAGAAAACAAACUGAUUGGUAAGAAUUUUGUGCUCGCGCUGAGAUCUGAAGUCUAAUGGAAAAUCUAUCGUCUGAUUACUCUGAAGUGGCUCUCAUACUGCUUGUAAUUUUCUUGAGCAUCAGAGGUAAUAAGAAUUGGAUUAACAAGUGUCAAGCUGGGUUUCUUUACAGCACGUAAGAGCAAAAGGGAGCUGCAAACUGAGCCGCAAACCCCCCUGCUACGGGAGUUGUUUAAAAAAAUUCAACUCCAACAGUGAUAUAAUGAUAUUUGAGCUCGCCUUUUCCUCAGCAGGCUAAUUUAGAUACAAUUAUAGAAUUCAAUUUGAGCUCCGCUGACGGUGUCCAUGUGUCUUUCCAGCCAUCUCCCAGAGGGACUACACUCAGUACUACCCGCACGUCCUGAAGCAGGAGAAGCCGAUCUGUCAGGACGUGCUGGAGUUCUUCCACCAGCACGUCCAGUACAACUUCCCAGACGAAGACUGUAAGCAUCAGCUACCUUUUUUUUCUCCACCCUUUAUGAAGCCUCGGCCUGCAUCUGCAAGUGAUCAAAUAUUUAUAGUCAAAAUGAUUGAAAAUUAAGUAUUUAGCCAGAAGAAAAAUGUAUUUCCUACAAGUCAAGCAGAUACAUAAUUAAUGCGAGUAAAUGACUGCAUAAGACGUUGUUAAAUACUGUGAUUUGUCUCUGUUUUGUAGUUGUGUUCGAUGUCUACAGAGACAGUCUGGUAAGCACAUUAAAAACUUUUGAUGUAUUUUUGUAUGCCUCGAAGGCACUGAGAUGUGAUUCAGUGUUUUGUGUGUGUUUGUGUUGCAGGGGAGGGUGUGGCUAAUAGACCUGAAUCCAUUCGGGGAGGUGACCGACUCUCUUCUGUUCACCUGGGAGGAGCUGGUGUCCAGUGGGGAAAUCGCUGAUCAGCAGGUCAGCCAUCAUGGCAAACUUAUGAGCACAGAUUUCAAUGUUUUGAUAAAACAAUGAACAUAUUUGAACCGUAAACUUGUGAGAAACCAGAAAUGUUUCCACGUGAUUUCUCCAUGUGCAGGAAGGCCCGGCGUUUCGUUGCACCACCAGCGAGGUGACGGUUCAGCCCAGUCCCUGCCUGAGCUACAGGAUCCCCCGAGACUUCGUCGACCUCUCUACUGGAGAAGACGCCUACAAGCUCAUUGACUUCCUCAAACUGGUAGGCUGCUGUGACUCAUUAAAAAGAAGUACUUAGAAAUAAUCUCUAUAGAUUUUGUUUGAAGCGUGAAUAAAAACACUAUACCAUGUUUUGUAGAUCCUUUUCCUCAUUGGUAUUGGGGUUUGUAAUAAAACUAGAGUUGCCAUUUUUGUUUAUUGGUGUUUCAAGUGUGUGUCAGGUAUAAAAAAUUGAUGGAAAGAGGACAUGCACGUUAGAUAAAAUUUACAGAUCAAAUCAGGACAUUGCACAUCAGUAAAGCAAUGAUAUAGUCUACACCUUUGAAGCAUGUUACUGUUUAUUUGACAGGAUUUUUACUAGUCUUAAUUAGGGCCUGACCGAUUUAUCGGCGAGCCGAUUAAAUGGUCCAAUUUUAGCCCGUUUGAGACUAAUUGUUAAUCGGCCAAAACUCGCCGAUUUUCGCUGAUAUUUUCAGAAAUAAAAUGUGGAGAAUAAAAAUGUUCCGCCCUGGUACAUCGGUAAACAAACCAGUUUGUGGAGAACACAAUAAGUCAACGAGUUUCAGUUCAACCCACUUCACGAUGUUCCCCGCUGUGCUGGUCUCGGUCACGCCGAGUUAACGGUGAAGCACCAUGUAAUAUGCAAGCUAGUUAGAGUUAGCCACCUGCUAUUAGCCUUGCUACACUGUUAGCCGUGCUAGUAACGGUAGAAUAAACAACAGUACACAGUACGUGAUCAAGCUACUUCUCUUACUGAGGCAGCUGCAUGUCUCCAGAUGAGACCGGAUCGGAAAUGAGUAACGUGACGUUAAGACGUGGAGGCACCGAUUGGCGCGGGGAAGGGUUGUUGAAAACGCUUUUCUGGUCCGAGUUUCACCGGUCGGUCUUCCUGUCGGCAUGAAGAGCAGUAGCCUACAGUAUAUAGUAUACUGUAGAUAUCUACAGUAUAUAUAUGUUUUUUAUAGCUUAAUAAAAAAAAUUAAAAAUCGGCUGAUUAAUCAGUAAUUGAAUCCCCCCCAAUUUUCAGCAUCAGCCCCCAAAAAUCCAUAUUGGUCGGGCCCUCGUCUUAAUCAAUACAUAGAAAAGCAGUGAUAUGAGCUCCAAUAACAGAACAUACAUUUGUAAAUAAAACCCAUUUUGCUUCUCUCAACCCAAAGUGAACUUAAUUAAACUUAAUUAAACAAGCAGACUGCACAUCUUUGAAUUUAACCUCCUCUUCUUCCCCUCUCCACCUCUCUGCAGAAGAAAAGCCAACAAGAAGACUCUGAAGAGGAGGAAGAAGAGGAGGAGGAGAGCGCUCCACAGUGACACAGUGGACUCCUGAAGGAAAAAAAAAAAGCUGCUAAUGUCAACAGCUCUCCAUAUGAUGUUUUUUUCUGCAUGAAGUGACUCUUAACCUUCUGUCCUGUAUUGAAAUUAUUUUUCAUUUCAGCCCGUUCUCUCCCUCUCAUUCCUCUGAGAGCUGUACGCCGUGUACCCAGGGUUUCCUGGAUUUCUCUCUAAUGGAACAUGUUAAAUUAGCGGAUCAUGUUAACAGCUCUUAGAGGAUUCAUUUUCUGUUGAGUCGUUAUUUGCCUCUGACACCGUUACGCACUGUAAUGACUCAACAGUGCUGAUUGUCUCAUUUUUGGGGAGGUUAUUAAUAUUUUUUUUAUAGGGGAAAAAUUUGUUUCACUGCAAGAAUAUGUUCUCGCUAAUACUGUAAAAAUACCUGCUUUUAUAUGUUGGAAUAAGUGUGUAUCAUAGUUGAUUGUAUAGUCCCAGUAAGACGAUUAUUGUCCCUGGAUUUAACAUUUGUGCUUUAAGGCUGUGAGUCUAUUCAACACUAAAGCGCUUCAUCACUGACCAACUUUAAAUUUUUCUCCCCAGCCAUCUCUGCCCCCUUCAUCUCUCCCUGCCAAUUUCCUCUGAGCACUUUUGACACUCUCAUUUCUCCAAGCCGCUCCGGGCACUCAUUUUGGGUCCUGUUUCUUUUCCCAUCAUGCAUUGCUGUAGACUGUUACUCCAAAAAAAACACCAUUAAACUUGUUGUCGUGUAUCGGCUCGGCUGUCAGUCCAGUGGGUGCUGUAAGUCUAGCACAUUAGAAAAUUGAUUGCGCUUUUACACAACAGCCCUCAUUACGCCGGGAGCUAAAUGAGCUGUGCAUGCACGGCACGAGGCAGUUCA